AGGACAAGGGAACGAAUGGGGUUCUAGGGUCCUCAGGGGCAAGGAGACAAGGGAAGGAGCUGGAGGACCCCGGGCUUCCGCAGGGGACGGUCCACGUCCCCGCUCGGCACUCUCCGGGGACUGGUCGGCGACGGGGGCCACGAAGGCUGCCGGGGCUUUCUAGAGAGGGUGGGGAUGCUGAGUCACUGAUCUGUCACUGCUCCUCACCUCUCCCAGCCCUCCGGGGGCUAAAGCAAAAGCGAAAGCGAAUGCGGCUCGUGGGGCGGCCAGUCCCGGGACCUGCGCUCGCCACCUCCCCCCGGGAGCGGAUGACCGCGGGCCGGCGGGCGUCGGGGCCGGUGCGAGCUCGCAGGUGGAGGGCGGAGGCGCGGCCAUGGCGGGGCAGCGGCUCGGGGGCUGCGCGGGGCGCGCCCUGCCCGCGCUGCUGUUACUGCUGCUCCGGCCGCCGGCGACGCCGGGCAUCAUGUGCCCUACUCCCACGUCUGUAGAACACGCAAACAUCCGGAUUAAGAGUUACAACCUGAGCUCCAGGGAGCGGUACAUUUGUAACUCAGGUUUCAAGCGUAAAGCCGGGACGUCCAGCCUGAUCGAGUGUGUGUUUAACGAGACCACGAACGUUGCCCACUGGACAAUUCCCAAUCUCAAGUGCAUAAGAGACCCCUCCCUGACUCACCAAAGGCCACCCUCCACGGUAGUGCCGGCAAGGGUGACCCCAGAGCCAGAGAGCCCCUCCCCUACUGGAAAAGAGCCUGAUUUUACCUCCAAGUCAGACACCACAAUGGCCACAAAGCCAACUAUUGUACCAGGCUCCAGGCUGAUGCCAUCAAAACCUCCUUCUGCAGGAACCAUGGAGGUAGUCAGUAAUGAGCCCUCCCAAGUACCACCUCAGACAACAGCAAAGAUCUUGGAACACACUCCCUCCACCUCGCAGGAGAUGCCAGGUACAUAUGCAUUCAAUUCCAGAGCUGUGACUGUGGCAAUCUCUAUACCUACUGGUGUGCUUUGUGGAGUAUGUGUUGCAAUUCUUCUGGUAUGUUACAAAAAAUCAAGGCAAACUUCCCAGAUACCCAACACUGAAAUGGAAGAUAUGCCAAUGACUGGUGGAAACCAUGGCAGGGAAUAGGACAUGGAAAACUACCCACACGACCUAGGAACCUCCAGGGGGAACCCGAGGCCAGUGAAGGCUGGAGCAAAAGCACCAACUCUACUCUAGCCAAAAAGGACCCAGAAAAGAUUUCAGGUGCCAGGGAAAAUCCUGCCAGGAUGAGAAAACAUGCUGGCCUCAUUUCAUUAACAGUGCCAGCCUCGUGCCUCCUGUAUGAGCAGGUUCCCUGGCCUAGGGCUGUCUGCCCUGCCCUGCCUAGGCGUAGGGUUGAGCUCCUAAACUCCCAGCAAUUGAGGCCUUCCCAGGAGAUGGCGAAGAACUCAGAUCUUCCUACCAGGACUUUCAUUUCAUGAUGACAUUCAUUCAAAAUAGCUUUUCGGCUUGACUCUCUCCUCUGUCCCUCAUACAGACUUACAGUUUACAAAGAAAAGAAAUAUGCCUGAGGCUCUAAGAGAGUUCUGAGGCUACUCCUGCGCCUUGGGAGAUGUCUACAAGGGUGACAACAGCAUUUGGACUCCUAACAACUCUCUCCAGUUAGGGGCUCUGCAUGCACUUAAAGGGAGCAAACAGAUAUUACAUCCAAUGGAUUCUUUUGACAUACAGAUUCAGAAAGACGAAAGGUGAACUCAGUGACAUUUUCUAUAUAUUUGUAUUUGUAUAUUUAUGCUUUCUGGUCUAUCAUAUCUAUGUAUUUUAUAUAUAUAUAUAUAUAUGAUUUGCAUUUUGAAACUGGUGCCUUGUGUAAACAAAAUAAAAUGUCUAUUUUCAGUACAAAAAAUAUAUAAACUAAAACAAUCACUGAAGAGAAAUGUACCACAAAGAAAAAAUGAGGAGAAAGAGCAGGAAUGCAGAGUCCCAAUGGUUGAGCUCAGCUUUUCUUUCUAAAAGGGAGCAAUUAAUCUUGACUAGAGCCGGAUCAGAUCAUUUUUUGAGAAUUUCUAACAGAUUUCCAUGUGUGAAACAGUAAGUGGCAGGUGAUGGCCCAGGUGUGCCUGGUACACAUGCUGCUUUUUCCCCAGAUUGUUCUUCUCUUUCUGUCUUUGCUAUUUGCAAUAUUUAUUUAUAAAAUCAUGGGCCUAAUCCUAGACAGUAGGAGUAAGAAAACAGGGACCAGAAAAACAAGUGUAAGUGUCUUUCCAUAUUUGUAAUUGCCCGAUCCACUUCCUUCACUGAGGACCCUCCACUACUAGCUAGGACCGCCACGUCCCAGCCUCAGAAUUUCAAGAAUGUAGCUGAGAAUCUUGAGUUGUUUAUUUUCCCACAAGCCAGUGUCCCUUGAAGGCAGGACCAGCCUGAUUCAAAGCACAGUAUCCCCAGUACCUCAUAUUGCCUAGAAUAUAUCAAGAAUGCAACGUGUGACUAUUUUCCCAGAAUUUAUAAAUAUACAAUGGCACUAUAUUUUAAGGGCUUGUCUAUAAAUCCAUCCAUGCAACUUUUGUUUUUUUGGGCUAUCUGGAACAUAACACUGCCUCUUGUCCAGUUUUGAGGACCACCACUGUAUCAGAGCAUCUCAUUACCACUAAUGCGGACAGGCUGAGAUCCCCUCUGCCUGCUCCCUCCAGGAUUGGGCCCUGACCUGGGCCCAUCAGAUGCCCUGGCCGAGCUAGCACUCAGAAGCUGUUCAACAUGGAGUGCUGGGCACACAGAACGUACAGGGUAUUGCCCAGAAGCGUAGAAAGAGCUGCACUGCUGCCUGCUUCCUGGCUCUCCAGAGUGCUCGGGUGCCUCUCCACUUUCCAAACCCAAUCCUUCAACUUCUGUGACUCUGUGAGCCCCCAACAUUCUCCUAGUACACUCUCCUUUUUCCUUACAACAAAUCCAGUUGACAUUACUUGUCACUGCAAAGUUCCUAACGGACAGAAUUUGGCUCUAGGGAGGGUACUGAAAAUUAUAAAAAAGGAAAAUAAGGAAUGUUUGUGACCAGCUACCUGACUUAGGGAAGAAAACAGUGAGAGCUCUACUAGCAUUCUGAGAUGGGACUCAAGCAGCCCACCUGGACUGGCAUACCUACUGAAGGCCCAGCACCAGGGGACUGCAUCUAGCCAUCCUGAAAUACUAUGGGUACAGAAAUGCAAGGUCAGCGAUGGGUGGCUACUAUUCACGGCACUGAGUAACUCAGAAAAGGGAAUAACAAGCUCAAAUCUUAAAGUCUCAAUUCAAGCCACAGGUAGAACUUAGACACUUCUAGAACCAUGCUGAAUUCCAUACCCUAAAGAUGUUAGGCCAAACAGCUGGAAACCCAAUCUAAGGGUCUGAGUCUCCAAACUGUUCAAUGAUAUUAGUUGGACACACAGCCCCACCAGGUUUCUCAGCUGAUGCAGAGCUCUGACUGGGUAAGAUAAGGCCCCACUACUGGCAUGAAGAUACAGGGGAAAAUGGGAAAAUACGGAGGGCUCACAAGUACCCCAACUCUACCCCCCUUUGACCCUUCCUUGUCCUCAGAAGCAGUUCUCAUUCUGACAGAGCUGCUCCUUGGUUGCUUCAAGGGAAUGUCACUUCCUUGGCUGAGCAAUCAUCUUGCAAGAGGAAGUCUGUUCAUAAGAGCCCCACUCCCUAUUCCUGGUGUGCAUAGGAAGAAAGCUUCACAAAUUGAUCUAGCCAGACCCUUAGGAUCACACAGAGCAGCAUAUUCAACUAAAAGCACAGCUCUCACAGAGGCUGUCCCAGAUGUGGCUCCAUGAUGCCUCUCUCAGCUCACUGCCCGCUGCCUCCCAGGAAUGGUCCUGCUGUCUCCUCACAUUCAGAUGCCCUGCCUGUGGGUGACCCACUUGUCAUUUGUCCACAUCCUCUCUACAACCAGUCACCUUUUCAAGAGCCAGCUUCAUUUUCAUCUUCUCCAGAGAGCCUUAACUACUCCAAUGCAUAUAAUCCUCUGCCUUUGAGCUUCUGUCACAUUUAUUAUGUGUCCAAUAAAUGUGGCAUUUGCUUAAUACUACCUUGUACAGUGGAGAGAGCAUAGGACUUAGAAAACCUGAGCUCCAAGCUUUGUUUCUACCAUUUGCUGGCCCUGUCACCUCAGAAGAUUCACUUAAGCUCUGAGACUGACAUUCCAUCUGUAAAGUGGAGAAAACAACACAUGUAUUGUCUUCACAAAGUGAGGAUUAAAUGAGCUACUACAAAGGGCUUUGUCAACUUGCAUGUCUGUCUGUCUGUCUGUCUGUCUCUCCCCACUAGGAU